AUGUCUUCCGCCAAGAUGGGUGCCUGGGAGACCGAUGACGAGUACCGUAGGGGUCCAGCGGCAACAUCGCCACCAACACCGCAGGACACGCCAUAUCGAACCCCGUCUAGAACAUCGAGAAAAUCCCGACGUUCAAUUACCCCACCAGGCCAGGGCACAUCGCUACCUCCCAUGCCCAGCGAAAAGUGCUCCAAGAGAUCAUCCAGAGAUAUCACCACAGAUGAGACCAUCAGCAUUCUGGAUCCUCGAAGAUUUACACCCACACUGCAUGCUAACCUGGUAUCCGAGAUUUUGACUCUCCGGAGAGACCAAGAAGAGAAGCUUCGGCAGAUUGAGUCGCUGGAAACGGCUCUCCACAUAACAAGGGAAGAGCGAGAGACGCUUCAAGAGAACUUGGUAAAAAUAGGCAAGGAGAGUCGGUCUUUAAAGCGAAAACUGUCUCUCUUGGAAGGCGGGACCUCGUCUACUCUGGGCGAACUGGCCCAGGAAAGAGAUGAUGCUGUUGAAUCGGUUUCUGAUGUUAAGAAGCGACUAGAGGCGGCGCAGAAGAAGAUUCGAAACCAGGAUGACGAUUCCCAGAGAGUGCAUGAUCUCUUGGCACACGAGAAGGACAAUUGGGAAGAGGAGAAACGCAAGUAUGAGCGCAAGAUCCAUGUCGCUGAGAGUCGUCUCAAGCUUAUCCUGGAUGAGGUUGCCGCAUACCAGGCAGCUCAGGCCCAGAACGCUGGGGCAGGCCAUGGCCAUGAGAGCGAGAUUGAAGAGAGUGGCCGGGAAAGCGAUGCUACAAGUGUCAGAACGAUGAGUAUGACCAACAGCGUCCGCUUUUCCCUUAUUCACGGCCCAGGAUCUAUGAAACCCAACAGUCACUCACUUGCAGACGAGCUUAACUUCGACGACGAGGACGAACAGAGUGACAUCGAUGGCCGUGAAAGUGCUUUAUCCAACCAUAACCCCUAUGCCCAUGCUCACAACGUCAGCCAGGAGAGUGUCCUCAACCGACCGCAUCAUCGCCGCAACCAGAGCUUGGAGAGUCUGAAGCGAUCGGGAAGCGUGGUGCAGGACAGACUAUUCAUGAACCAGUCGGUCUUGGAAGCUCUUGAGGGCGAAGAUGAGGAGUUUCGACCUCCUGCCCCUAAGGUCUCCUAUACGGAUACUGGAAUCCAGUUCUUCCCGCCUCCGUCGCCUAAGCUGCCAGUCUCAAAGCGUAUGACACCUGAGCCGUCUCUGUCUUGUAGCAAGUCGCCUGAGGUCGAGUGUUCGCCCUAUGGAGAUAGAGAAAUCGAAGCGAACCAGCACCGCAAGCGUGUUCACAUUACCCGACCUCUGUCGAUUGAGCCUGUCUCUCUUCGGAAGCUUAUGGUGUCUACUUCUUCGCAGACCAUCGAGGAGCCUCCCCUGACACCUCCCAAGAUCCCGGGGUCCCCCAUUCGACCACCGCUACCACCGCCCCCUCCUAACGUCAAGAAGCCGUCGAUGAUAGCAUCCUCGACGCAGACUGACACUACCUCUCCUCCUACAAGCACUUUCCAGUUUCCUCCUAUGCCUCUAUCCGCACCGCCUAUGGAAAUCCCGAGCAUCAGCGUCCACCCUCCCACAAGCCGUCCCGCCACCCCACGAGAGCCUCGAUUGCCUCAAUACUUCAAGGACUUUGGCUGCCAAGUCAGCCUUUCUUCCCCGGUUACCACCUCUGAAGCCGAAGUUCAGACAGAGGCUAUCCAGACUGAUAAGCGACUCGCUCUGCUCCCGCCUCACUUGCAGCCCUCUACCAUUACCUCGCGGCCAUCCUCCCCCAACCCGCCAUCAGCCGUUCAUCCGCCGAAGAACUUCAACCCUGUUCCUAGCAACGUCCCGCCACGCAACUCGCGCAGGUUGGCGAACAGGCGGGAUACGCCAGAAAUGCCCGCUUCUCCUAUUUCCAUUGCCGAUUCUGAUAUGACGCACGACACGUAUCCCGGGAACAACGACGAUGGCCCCCUUUCCUGUCAGAAGGUCUCGAUGGGACACUCGCAUCGUUUCAGCAGGCUCUUUGCUGAGUUUGAUGGCGGCAGCUCCGAUGAGGGAGAUAAGUUUGGAGAUGUUGAUCUGAGCGACUCGGAGUACCGGACUGCCCUGUCUGCACCACCCAGACCGAAGUCCAUUCCGAGUCAACCAGGCAAGCGCAACUUGAAUGGGACGACUACCACUAACGGGACCAUCCCAACGUCCUCUGAACAGAUCACUGUACGCCAAGUGUCUCGCGGCUCAUUGAAGCCAUUCGCGAACGAGCUUUACAACUUCUUCUCAGGGGAUAAGGACAGCUCUGGCCGGAUACCUUCUUCUGCCAAGUCCGGCAGACUUUUCGAGAAGAGCCCCGCUGCGAUGUCCUCGAACCGCGCGAGCGUUAUUCAGAAUGGUAUUGCGAGUCACCAGGACCGAUCUAGGAGUCCCAGCAUCCCGGAUGCGAAGAACCCUCCCUUCCCGAUCCCGACGCGAGCCAGCUCGAGAAAGCUCCCGUUCAGCUCCAGUGCUCCCAGUGAUGGGCAGAGAAGUCUGACUCGUGGAGAGACGUUCUUCUGCCGAGGAACUGGUCGCAGCCAGUAUCGGGCGGGUAGCAUUAGAAGGGUCCGCUCUGCGGCCGCGCUGCCUCGCAAUCAACGACGUCGCAGACAGGGCAGCCGUUCUCCCCAACCUUUGUCUCCAUCUACCGAGGCACCUGAAAGCCCGAAGCUCCCUCCCCUGCCAAGGAACGAUACCACCCCCCUUCGCAACCGUCCCCAGGGCAGCGACCAGUUCCGUUACCUGCAUCAGCUGUCGGUUAACACAGCUAACAAGGACAAUACCAUGAGCACCGAUCCUCUAUUCGUAAGCAACGGAGCUCAAAGCAGUAAUGUGGUGGAUGCGAUUGCACAGACGAUGGUAGGAGAAUGGAUGUUUAAGUAUGUUCGCAGAAGAAAGUCAUUCGGAGUGCCCGAGAGCAACAUCAAGGAUGAGAACAGCAAUGACCGCCACAAGAGAUGGGUCUGGCUCGCACCGUAUGAAAAGGCCAUCCUAUGGAGCAGCAAGCAGCCAUCCUCCGGCAGCGCCCUGAUGGGCAAGACUGGCAGAAAACCAACGUCGGCAGCACGGCAUUACAUCUGGCUGACGGCCUUGUCGUUCCUGGCGCACCCCUCGCAGGCAGUCUCUAAAAUCAUCUCUGAUCCACCGCUGCGAGAACAGCCAGCGCUGUUGCCCGAGUUUAAGCUACCUCGGACAAGGCUGAAGCGACCUGGCAUUAGGGACUCGAUCUGCCUGGCCAAGGGGCGGACACACGUACCCAAAGCCGCCACUCCAAGCGCACCGAGCAUACCGAGUGCGCUGUCGUCGCAGAUGGGUGAUGUGAUUCCUUUCCCUAUGGUAGACUCUCUGGGAGACAUUUCGAGCAACCACUCACGAGAUGGUUCUGCCGACGCUAUAGAGCCUCCUUUCAUCUCCCGUUUCCACGAGCGAAACAACCAGCCUAUGGCAUGUAGCCCAAAGCGAAGCAACACGGGAGGUCAUAUUCCCCCUCCCCUUUCUUUCCGUGGUUUCUCUGGACCCGCUAGAGGUGUCCAUCAUGCUUCCACCAAUAGCACAGCGGGAGCCAGCAUCGGCACUACUGGGUCUUCCGACAUCUACCAGUCUCAGGCGUCGAGCACCGGCACGUGCCCUAUGAGCCAGGCGAUUUCUCAGAGGACGUCAGAGGUUUCCUCAAGGCCUAGCAACUUCUUCGAUGCUAUCGGGACGGUGCGGAUGGAGGCUUUCAUUAGCCCCCUCGCACCCACAGGUUUUGGCGACUUCCCCAAUGAACAGAACGGGUUCCGACACGAGGUACGGAGACGGAGCAAAGAGCUCCGAAGGAGACACAGUCGGAGCCGGCACCAGGACAGCUACAACUCUCGAGGCGCCCGUGGCACCGACGACUACUACCAUGAGAGCCGAACCGCAGGCGAGGAAGACUUCUUCCGAGGCGAACCAUUCAAGGGGUUCUAGCCUCUGAGCCACACCACACACGAUUGUUCAUUUCUUUGAAUCUUUUUGAUAAGUUGGAGCAAGGAAAACUAUAUACUCUUUUUUCGGUAGAUUAUUUUGGGACUGGUUUUUGUCUUGGCCUUCGGGUUGGCCUAGCUGAAAAUCUUCUGAUGGGCGCGGUGUUUGGGCUUUUUUUUCUUCUAUUUAUCAGAAAGGAGAAGAAAGACAGGAAGAGCAUUCUAGAUAUGCGAGACCUAUGGUGGAGGAAGCUGUCAUAGGCGACGACAACGAGGUGUUGGUGGUGGAAGAUGUUACAACCGACAGGGACCCGCAAUAGUCCCAGCCAAUCAUGUAAGAGAUUUUCCGGUGAUCCGCCGGAUCCGGUGAUCUGCCGGACUUACACCCACCUCCAUUCCUGAC